CCAAACUUCAAGUUACGUGAGCGAGACUGAUUGCUCGUAUUCUAAGUAAUCAUACUUAGGUUCAAAUGCAAGACUAACAAACCUACGUGCGGGUGGCUAAUUGGAAAUCUUCAGAUGUUCAUUCUGGGAAAAUUUUUCAGCAAGACCUUUUGGGCAAUAUGGAUGCAGGAACCACAAGAACAACGUCUGAAGCGCUCUUCUCCUUUGGAAUCGUAGCAGACGUUCAAUAUGCUGAUAUUGAGGAUGGCUAUGAUUUCCUGGGAUUUAAUAGGAGAUACUAUAAACAUAGCCUAUGCUGUCUCCAGAAGGCAAUUGAAGAUUGGAAUCGAACUGAGGUUCAGUUUGUAAUACAGCUCGGCGACAUUAUUGACGGCUUCAAUGCCCAACAUAAGACAUCAGAGAAAGCAUUGCAACAAGUUAUGAAUGAAUUUAAGAAACUCGGUGCACCAGUCCAUCACAUAUGGGGCAAUCAUGAAUUGUAUAAUUUCAGUCGGAAUUAUCUUAUGGAAUCUGAACUGAAUACCAAGUACUUAGAAGACCAAAGUUUGUUUAAUAACUUCAUCAGCAGAGAACAAAGCUCCACAGGAAACCCAGCUACAGAGUUCUAUUACGCCUACCAGUUUUCUCCAAUGCCAAAAUUUCGAUUCAUUCUUCUUGAUGCAUAUGACUUAAGUAUCCUGGGGAGGGAAACAUCAACGAAAAAAUAUAAAGAAUCUCUGCAGCUGCUACAAGACAAAAAUCCCAAUGAAAAUCUGAAUAGUCCACUAGGGCUUGCUGAAUGCAAUUUUGUACAGUUCAAUGGUGGAUUCAGUCAAGACCAGCUGGACUGGGUUGAUAAAGUCCUUACCUAUGCUGAUGAGAAUCAAGAAAGAGUUGUGAUUGCAGGACACAUACCCAUCAACCCGUACUGUACAAGCAGUAUUUGCCUUGCUUGGAAUUAUAAAGCUGCCCUUGCUGUCAUUUAUUCACAUCACUCAGUAGUAUGUUUUCUUGCAGGCCAUCUUCAUUAUGGUGGUUACUGUUUAGAUUCUCAUGGAGUCCAUCACCUGACCCUUGAAGGGAUUAUAGAAACUCCUCCAGAAAGCAAUGCUUUUGGAACUAUAUAUGUCUAUAAUGACAGACUGGUGUUAAAGGGAAACGGAAGAGUUCCAGAUAGGGAGAUGUAUUACAAAGAUCAUCCACACAAUUCUUUAUUUUAAAUACUAUUGUGUUGGUGUGGGUUAGAAAUUGUUAUUGUUCCAACUGUUUUUAAUUCAAACACAAUUUUAAUAUUCAAUAGUGAAUAGUGAAUAAAGCUAUGAAAGACA